UGGCACGCCGCUAGCGGGCACGCAGGACCCAGAGCUUGGAAGGGCGCUAUGGAGUUGGCUCGAAGAGCAGGUUUAGCACUUUUAUAGUGAUGAUACACCUGUCAAUGCCGAAUUACUAUGACGUGCGUGAAGCUCGUGACGUGUGACCCAUGUGACAGCCUUGCAGAAAUGUUCGGGUUCGAUUCGUCAACGUUUCAUGACUGCUUCGGCCUCGGGCACGUCGAUGAGGCUCACCGAUAGCCGCAUCUCCAAAGUCCUUUGUGUUGCAUGCAGUGGAUCUCAAAGCCACAUGGUUCACCUUCGAAUCCGCUUUGAAGGUUUGUCACCAUCCGCAAUAGAACAUGGUUUCCUGCAGAAUUCGAGCCAGUGGAUAUAGAACCAUUUGUCACUAUCUUAGGUCGAAAUUGCAGAGUACUUUUCCUUUGGAUCGCCCUUCAGUAGUCAUUGAUACGACUCGGAUCUUCCGUAAUACCAGCGCGACCUUGCGAAUCAUACUUAGUAAAUCAAGAAGCAGCGUCGCCGUUAUGGCGCGUCAUUGCCCGGCUGUGAUUCUUAGAACACUAGAAAACCAUGAAGCAUUCCCAAGUUUCACUACGAAACUUAAAUCCUCGACCUCACGCAAGGCCAGACAGCUAAAUAUAGCACACUUUCCCAAGUUAUACACGCAGAAGUCCUUCUUUGCGUGUCGCGCUGCUCAACACGCCAAUCUUCCCUGAUAGCAUUCCACGAACGACAAAUCAUUGAUAGUAAUCAUCGUAAUAUCAAAGUGACAAAUGGGCGCAGCAUUAUCUUGGGCUAGAGAGGUUGUACCUCCCAAAUCUAAAUUCUCUGUCAAUAACAUACCGGAUCUGGCUGGGAAGGUAAUCAUUGUCACUGGCGCUAAAACGGGAAUCGGAAAAGAGACCACCUUGAUGAGCGUUCAUUAAAGCGCGUUCCUCUUCCUUCUCCUAUCCAGGCCUUGAAAUGAGAAUGGUACGAUCACAUACAUGUGCUAACGACCAUAAUGCAAACUCUUUUAUCACACAAUGCAAAAGUCUAUGUCGCAGCCAGAAACCAGCCUCAAUCGGAGGAAACUAUCCGUGAAUUGAAGGACAAGACAGGAAACGAGGCAAUCUUCCUCAAGCUCGAUCAAGUGGCCGCUGAGGAGUUUCUCAGCAAAGAGACGCAGCUCCAUGUUCUCAUUAAUAACGCUGGCGUGAUGUUUCCUCCAAAGGACCUCUUAACCGCGGAUGGCUAUGAUCUCCAAUUUGGUACCAACGUUCUUGGCCAUCAUUACUUCACGAAACUUCUCCUUCCAACCCUAAUCUCAACAGCCCAAACCUCCCCAGACGGCAAAGCACGCGUGGUCACCGUUGCCUCAUCUGCGCAUCUCUUCGGUAGCCUCGAUUUUGCCACAUUCAAAGAUGGCCCAGUUCGGAAGAAAAUGAGUCCCCAGUCAUUAUAUGGUCAAAGCAAAUACGGAAACAUUGUUUCUGCUCUAGAACUCGCAAAGCGCUAUGGUAACCAAGGCAUCGUGUCUAUUGCCUUGAACCCAGGAAACAUCCGUUCCGACCUCCAACGGUACGUACCAGAUUUUGCUCGAAAAAUAAUGAAUGCGGUACUCUUGUUUGACACCCCACAAGGCGCUCUCACGCAAUUAUAUGCGGGGACUGCACCUGAGGCCGCCGGACUCAACGGCAAGUACCUUGUCCCCUGGGCACGACCUGGGAUCCCUCGGCAGGGUACACAGGACCCGAAGCUCGGCCAGGCACUGUGGGAGUGGUUGGAAAUGCAGGUCAAAGACGUGUGAAUCACGUUGCUAUAGGACAGUUGCUGUAUUUCCUUCACUUUAUGCCAUGCAACUUUCCGAAUCCUGAACUUAAAUCUGUCAUCACUACUGUAUUUCCCCUGUUUAAACCAUUCGUUCGAUGCUACUUAUUCCAUCUGAGUCGUCCACUAUAUCCACACUGAUCGGUGUGAGUAAUCUCUAAAUAAUCAGCUUUCAAGAAUAGUGUGACUGCAACACAUAGUCCUUUUUUCUUCUGCAUCUGCGACAAGAAAGCAAUGUUUUAUAUCUACGUCCUUUAUCAGUUCCGGUAGCGCUGGUAGCGCUGGAAAGUCAUACUUCUUCAUGUUCGUCGGAAGAAGAAAAAGACCCGAGGGGUAUAAAUCGCUUUGCGGUUGCACGAGAAUGAUGGAACUAAAAAAAUAUUAAAGAGGCUCAAGUUAGCGGUGCCCCGAGCCAAUGUGAAUUAGUGCAUUGCUCUUGUUUUGUCGACAAGACCGCCAGCCAUCUUUGGAGGAGAACGUUGAAAUACAUACGAAGGACAUGUGCGCUUGCCUAUCUCGCAAACUUAUUGGUUUCAAUGACGACGACGCCAUCGAACCAUAACCAACGUCCGAAGACGGAAAGGCACAAUUUGCGCUGUAAACUGAUGCCAGCUGCUUCGAGUGGUUGCCACGAGAUAUAUCGCUGACUUUUGUAGAGGGCUCGGCAGUGUUUGAGUUCGAUGUUUUCGAAAAAUGAUAUCCAGCAUCAUGUCUAGUAUGUGGGAUACCCGGGCCCAUAAGCCACUUAUCUUUGUGGCUCAAAACGUCAUCAUCUCUAGAAGUGGUUUUUGAUUCGACUUGUGACAAUUGGGCUGGCUUUUUGUGCAUUUGAAUAGGGCUCGACGAAGGGACGGACGAAAGGGGGGACAGACUAGCGGGAAUAUCGUGACGGCUUGGAGUAGCAUGAGAAACAUGUUGUUCAUCGGGAGCAUGUGCAGCUUGUGCAGCUAAGGAAGACAUCGCCGAUGAUGACCUUAGGGUAGGAGCAAGGGAUUCCAAUUGGGAUUCGGCCGGUACUUGUCGAGGAACUAUGGGAGUUACUUGAUUCUUACCUGACUCCCUAUUGAUAGGUCUUGGCCGUAGCUUUGCUCGUGUCCUGGCCUUAGAUGAUUCAGCUGACGGAUCAAGUUGAAUUGCAUGGCCAUGGGAUCCAUUUGCUUUGGCCGCGACAAGUUUCUUACGGCCAGGACCAGGGGCGGAGGUCAUCAUGAUUUGAGUGGGAGCCUGAGAGUCGCGUUGUGGGUGAUGAUUGCCUGUUCCCGAUAGCUCAGAAUAACCCAUGCGGAAGGGGCCACUAACAGGUUGUCGUAUCUCAGACAGAAAAGGAGAAAUUGGAUGCGCACUGUGAAUUAUACCGCCAGAAGUAGUGAUAUUGGGGAUAAAGAGGUUUCCUGCUUCGUCACUACUCAGGCUCACAAUUUUCGGUGGCGAUUGGCGGGGGGAUAAUUGGCAAUAUGGAAGGUGACCGAGGCGGAGAAUCGAUGCGCAUCCUUUUGACCCUUUUCUUACUUCCUUUUGUGUUGUAAUUAUGUGGAGAAAGAUCAGGAAGAGGUCCAUGAUUGGAGAGUGUAUCAACGUCCGCCACAGAUGUGGCACGUUUUUUGGGGACCAGCGGACGUGACUCUGCGUGAGAUGCCAAUGGUGGAGAAUGGCAAUAAAGGCCUUGUAGGACUUCGACAGAUUUGGUCUUCAUAUCAUCGAUAAUUUUCGCUUGCAUGAUGUCCAGAGUCGACGGUAUACUUGAGACACUAUUCUUUAUGACUUCAAUAAUAUUCGUUUUCAUCAGGUCCAAAGCUGUCGAGAUACCAGAUAUACUAGGAUUUAGCGCGUCGAUAAUACUGGAUUUAAUCUGUUCUAAGUGAAAUUGAGGUAUGUCAGAGUUCAUAGCAUCCGAUAACGAAGAGAUUUUCGAAAUGUUAGUGUUCAGAGCGUCUACGAUGCCGGAC